ACCUGCAUACGCACAUCAAAUAGUACCUAUAAUGUCAAUCGUUAUAUCUUGCAGAGAAAAAAAACCGACAACGGAUGGACUAUAGAAUGUCAGCAUGGUCCCAAAGAAUGCGUCUACAAUAAAAUAGAGGCCUGCGGUAUGGCACGAAAUGUUGAUCAAAAUGCUGUCAUUUCGUUUGUGCAUUGCAUCGAAAAGGGAAUUAAGACUGACGAUUCCAAUUACAAGCGAAUAACUAAGAAAUGUGGUCCCUUAUUAAACGUGAACACGGCUGAUAUCAUUAAAUGUGCAGAGGGCCAAGAGGGCGACGAGCUAAUGGUAGCAAAUGGGGUGAAAACGGAUGCUGUACAACCAUCAAUAGACGGAGUACCGACUGUGUUAUACAAUAAUUACUAUAAUGACACAUUGGAAGAGUACAACGACAACUUUUUAACCAUCGCUUGUAAACUACUCGAUGAUGAACCUGCCGCUUGCAUGCAUUUGGAUAACGAAAUUUGGUGAAAAAGGAGAAACAGAGUUAGCUACCUAAGAGUGUUCAAAUAAUUUACAUACUGUUCGAAUUUUAUAUUUGCAGAUAACCAAGACGUCUCUGCAUUAAUUCUGGGUAUGAUUUUUGGAGACAUGUGCCCAAAAUUGAAUAAUGAGAUAUUAUCUUAGGUUUAUCUAUGUGAUUUUUUUAAUAAAGGAUAAUUUUAAUUCAAA